UCCCUCUCAUCUGUCAUUUAGCCCAAGAAACACUAAUAUGGAAACUUAGCGGGACUUUGUACCUCAAAAUAGCCUCUCUAGGGAGACCCACUAAGGUUAAAGGCUGAUGUUUCGAUUUUUUCCUUUCUUUUAGUACUGCUUACUGGAGAGAGAAAUCAUAGAUUUUGUGAGGUUUAUCACUCAGUUUUGAAAGCAAGUUGAGGUUUUUCAAGGUGAGUCAAUGUAGAAGUGAAGUUCGGACACAGAACCAGAUCAAAGUUCUGAUUGGACACCAUAUCAAACUCUUUUCUGAUGGAUACAAUACCGAACUGAUGUUCUGAUUGGACACAGACAGUACUGGACUGACAUGCAGAAGUGUAUCUUAUCAGGAGGCAUCCACUCCUGAGGACGAUCUAGCAGCACUUUAUGCUGUUGUUUACCAGACACUGAGGAUGGUGUUCUGUGAAUGCAUGGAACCAGGACAUGUGGGACUAAAGUGUUAGACUUUCAUUCAAGUCCUUGAUGUUUUCAACUGUCUGAACAUGGUUUUUCCUGUCUGUUUACUCGGUUGAACUUGGGAAUACACCGGCACUCUUCUGUCAUGCUGAGGAUGUUUGUUGUUACUGAAAAGUACUGGUAAAAGGCCAAGGUUAAUAGCGGUUCUGCAACUUUUUGAUAUGGCGCACAAGUAUCCUUGUAUCACCAAGAGGAAUUCGCUGUUUAACUAUGGCUCAACUAGGAGACGGCAUUCUUGCAUUGGAUUCGAUGUGGAAAAUGGCUUGUCGAUCGGGCGCAGUCCACUGGACCCCACAGUCAGUCCAAGCUCUGGUUUGGUCCUGCAGGCAAACAGCCAGCGGCGCGAGUCUUUCCUCUACCGCUCAGACUCGGAUUUCGACCUCUCACCCAAGACCAUGUCCAGAAACUCCUCCACCACUACUGAGCUUUAUGGGGAGGACAUGAUUGUAACGCCAUUUGCUCAGGUUCUUGCCAGUCUACGUACAGUUAGGGGUAAUGUUGCAGCUUUAACCCACGUGCAAGACAGAAGCAACAGGAGACCAUCAGGAACUAACCCUCAAUCUGCCUGCAAGACGAGCUUAUCGGAUGAGACGUAUCAGAAACUUGCCAUUGAGACUCUUGAAGAGCUGGAUUGGUGUUUGGAUCAGCUAGAGACCCUGCAAACACGUCACUCUGUCAGUGAAAUGGCCUCUAAUAAGUUUAAACGAAUGCUCAACAGGGAGCUCACUCAGCUAUCUGAGACCAGUCGGUCAGGAAACCAGGUGUCGGAGUUUAUAGCAAACACAUUUUUACAAAAACAGCACGAUGUGGAGAUUUUGUCAGCAGCGUGCAAGGAGGAGAAAAAACGACGUCCGAUGUCUCAGAUAAGUGGAGUGAGAAAACUGAGCCCCAGUCCCAGCCUCCCCCCAACACACAUCCCGCGAUUUGGUGUCAACACCCAGCACGAGAGCCUCCUGGCCAAGGAGCUUGAGGACAUUGAUCGAUGGGGUAUGGAUAUGUUUAAGAUAGCAGAUUAUUCUGGGAAUCGGCCACUGACAGUCGUAAUGUUCACAAUUUUUCAGGAGCGAGAUUUGCUCAAAUCCUUCAAAAUCCCACCGGACACCUUCUUAACUUUCCUGAUGACUUUGGAAGAUCACUACCAUGUGGACGUGGCCUAUCAUAACAAUAUCCACGCAGCAGAUGUUGUGCAAUCAACACAUGUUCUUUUGUCCACACCAGCCCUAGAGGAUGUGUUCACAGAGCUUGAGAUCAUGGCUGCUCUGUUUGCCAGUGCUAUUCAUGAUGUUGACCAUCCAGGAGUAUCCAACCAGUUCCUCAUAAACACAAACUCUGAACUGGCUCUAAUGUAUAACGAUGCUUCAGUGUUGGAGAAUCAUCAUCUGGCUGUGGGCUUCAAGCUUCUACAGGAGGAGAACUGUGACAUCUUCUGCAAUCUCAGCAAGAAACAACGUCAGUCCCUGCGGCAGAUGACUAUAGAUAUGGUAUUAGCCACUGAUAUGUCCAAACACAUGAAUUUCUUGGCUGACCUGAAGACAAUGGUGGAAACCAAAAAAGUGACCAGUCUUGGAGUCUUACUGCUAGACAACUACUCAGACCGAAUACAGGUGCUCCAGAACAUGGUGCACUGCGCCGACCUCAGCAACCCCACCAAACCCCUGGAGCUCUACCGACAAUGGACAGAUCGUAUCAUGGUGGAGCUCUACAGUCAAGGUGACCGGGAGCGUGACAAGGGCAUAGAAAUCAGCCCCAUGUGUGACAAACACACAGCUUCUGUUGAAAAAACUCAGGUGGGAUUCAUUGAUUACAUUGUCCACCCUCUGUGGGAGACAUGGGCUGAUCUGGUCCAUCCAGAUGCUCAGGACAUUCUAGAUACAUUAGAGGAUAAUCGUGAAUGGUACCAGAGCAUGAUUCCACGUAGCCCGUCCCCAACACCUGAGGAGCAGGACCAACGGACGACGGUGGGCGUUGGAGGCUCAGCAGGAGAGAAGUUCCAGUUUGAGUUGACUCUUGAGGAAGAGGAUGGAGAGUUAGAAGCUGAAGAGGAGCACAGCGAGACGUCAAAGACGAUAACCGACAUCAAGCAUCCAUCCAUGUCCCCGAGCCUCACGCUUGGAAUACCUCCCAUUUUAGAUAGCAGUGAAAGAGAACUGGACCAAGAAAUGACCAACAUAUCCAUCCUGCAGUUAGAAACUUAACAUGGUCCUGUUCUAACAGUGCUGCUUCCAUUAUGUUUCAUUGGCCCUGUCCCAAAUGGAGCACUUGAUGUGGACUUGCAGUUUCGUGGCCUUUGCUCAUGCACCUCUGUGAAGACCAUGAGACAGUAGGGUGUUUGCGGUCAUUAUGGACCCUCGAUGCACCCUUUUGCCCAGCCUGCACUUGUGUGGACUCUACAUCAGACAUUUGGAACAGGGCCUUAGUCGCACUCAGGAGCUGGAUGGGUUUGGGGUUAAGUUGUUGAAAAGUAUUUGUGUACUAUAGUGCAUAAAAAUCAUCCACUACCAAAACUUGAGCAUCCUGUAAAACCUUUUACUUUUGCCUGUUCUUUUUUAAAUCUUUGGAAGUUUAUAUGACCAAAUAAGCCUGUAUUUUAAAGCUAUACUAUAUUUGUGUCCCAGACACAGACUUUUGCAAAGGACUGAGGAGAAAUGUGUAGAUUAAGUUUUUGAGAGUCGCAUGGAGAAACAGUGUCUUCCUUUAAGCAACUGUCCAUGCCAAUUGCAGAGGAAAGUUGAUGUACUCAUAAUGCGAAUGUUAUGGAACUUUUUCACCAGACUCUACAAUAUUUAUUACAGUUGUGCUCAAAAGUUUGCAUACCCUGGCAGA